CAGACACCACCACCACCAAGCGACUGAAACGCUGAUAAAAGGGGAAAGCCUGACUGAAAAGUAACCAGCCAGCCUGUGUCCCUUUUCAUAGGUGUAAUCCUCUUGGGGUCAAUGUUACACUGGAGUCAAUGAACUACUCACAUCAGGAAGAUCCCAUAAAUCUUUCAUGACCUCUCAGGUCCUUGAGGAAUAGCUGGGAGAAAAGAAAACAAAGGAGCAACUGUGUUCAAGUAAAUUCAGAAAGAGACACAAGCAGAAGACCAAUCACCAGUUGGAAAUGGAGAAAGCUAGAAGGAAUAAGACACACUAAUCCCUGCCUCAUGGCAUUCGCAGGAAAGUGGUGGUUUUUUCAAUAUAUAUAUAUUUUAAAGGCACAUUAUCUCACCUCACUAUCACGAAAAUUUGAUGUCUCUGCUUUGGGACGGACUCCCCAAAGAAAACCUUGUACUUCCUUUCAGAUAAUGCCACAUCACAUUCACAGCUGCAGUGAGAAAGCCACCGACUUACCCAGAAAACAGGAGACUCUGCAAUUUCAGGCAAAGGGUUUCUUCAGAUCAACUGUGAAGGGGGAGAAAAAAGGAAGUGGAAAAUGAACAACCAAACCACAGAAUUCGACGACUAUUCGCCUCUAUAUGAGACCUAUAGUAACAGUUAUGACGAUUCUUCAAAACCUUGCAGUAAAGAAAGCAUCAAGAAGUUUGGAUCACACUUUCUGCCCACACUUUACUCUCUGGUAUUCCUGCUUGGCUUGGUAGGGAACUCUCUAGUCAUUUUGGUCCUGUUCAAAUACAAGAGGCUGAAGAGCAUGACCGACGUUUAUCUGCUCAACCUUGCAAUCUCAGAUUUGCUGUUUGUUUUCUCCCUUCCCUUCUGGUCUUAUUAUGCAGCAGAUCAGUGGGUUUUUGGGGACGGAUUGUGUAAAAUCAUUUCUUGGAUCUAUCUGGUUGGGUUUUACAGUGGGAUAUUUUUUAUUAUGCUCAUGAGCAUUGAUAGGUACUUGGCAAUAGUUCAUGCUGUGUUUGCCUUGAGAGCAAGAACCGUCACCUAUGGCAUCUUUACCAGUCUUAUUGUAUGGUUAGUAGCCAUUUCAGCCUCAGUUCCAGAGAUGAUAUUUAGUGAAUCCUAUAAGGAACGCAAUCAUACCACCUGCAAACCACGGUACCCUGGUAAUUCCACAUACUGGAGAAUUUUCUCCUCUUUGGAAGUCAAUAUACUAGGGCUCAUGAUACCUUCAAUGGUUAUGAUUUUUUGCUACUCGAUGAUCAUUAAAACCUUGCUGUACUGUAGAAGUGAGAAAAAGAAUAAGGCUGUGAAGAUGAUCUUUGCUGUCAUGAUUGUGUUUUUUGUUUUUUGGACCCCUUACAACAUUGUGCUUUUCUUACAAUUGCUGGUAGACUUGGGUAUCAUUACAAAGUGUGAAAUCAGCAAAGAUCUGGACUAUGCAAUGCAAGGGACAGAAACACUGGCUUUUUUCCACUGUUGUCUCAAUCCCGUUAUCUAUUUCUUUAUGGGGGAAAAAUUCAAGAAGUAUGUGAAGUUGCUCUUUAAGAGCUGGGCGGUACCUAGAAUGUUUUUUAAACGCUGUGGACUUCUCACUACUUAUCACACCGAAUCAACCAGUUCAUUCCACACACAGUCUACUGGGGAUCAAGACGCUCUGUAAAGAUACUGCAGUGUCUACCACAGUAACAAGAAAAACUGACAGACAUCACAACAUUAAAAAGUGUCUCAUUUAAGCUGAACAGAUAUGCAUUUAAAAAUAAGCCAGCACCUUAAAAUAAAUGUACCAUAAGCUUUCAGUCCUGCCUCUGGAUUUUUUUGAAUGUAAUGAGAAAAAAAGAGAAAAUGUUUGAGAAGUGAAACCUAGGCUAGGCUUUUGGAAAUGUAAAAUUAAUUUUAUAUUACAGAUCAGUGCCAACAACACCUGCAUUUACAGUGCUAUGCUGUGCCUUUUGUUCUUCAUCAGCACCAACAGCGAGCCCCACUGGGGGCGGGGAAGAGGAAGGCGGGGGGGGAGGGGGGGGAGAUCAACAGUCAUCACAAAAUGCUUUGGAAAUCUUAGCGUAUUCCAGUUAUUGGCAUAGGGUUUGUUAAAUCAGAGUCCUAGUGUGUAAUAAUUGUCUGUUUAGCAUGCUUUCUCGUUGAAUAUUUCCUAGAUAAUGUGUCUAAGAAAACUGAAACAAGAUAUAUUUAAAAUCUUGUUGUUCACCAAGAUCUAAAUUGUACAGUAUGUUAUACCACAUAUGUAAUACCACAUAUAUAUGCUUUUUUAUACAAGUCUUCACACAUAUAUAGACAUUAUGAAUGAACCUGCCAUCAUGUUGUUACCCAGAAUAGCAGUUUUACAUAAUAAUUAACAUGGACAUUGUUAGAAAUAUUUUUAAAUA